ACUUGUAAUCGAAUGAGGUUCAAUGCCAAAGUUCUGGCUUCACUGGCUAGAAGGCCAUCAGCUUGUUUUGAUAAGGAAGGAAAAUUGAAGACUUGCAGAGUGGUUGGGGAUGGAACUUUAAUAGAACCGAGAGAGAGAUGGUGCCGUCUGAAAGGAAAUCUGCUUUUUCUAAUGAAAAAUAAGACCAAGAGUUCUGAAGCUUGUGAAGUGGUAAUUCUGGAGCGGUGCUGGAUUGUGGAGUUCAGGAAUAAAAAAGUUGUUUCAAUAAUUCUCAAGUUUCAGAGUGGAGAACCAGAUCUUUACCUUGAAGCUGCAUCAAAGGCUGACUGUGAAUCUUGGGCUGUGGCUCUGGGAGAAGCAAACUCAGAAGGUUUGCACAACAAAAUUCAGCAACUCCGGAGGUUGAUCAUGGAAAUCAAAGAGGAGAGAACCUCAGAUGAAGCACAACAAUUUCUCUCUCCAGUGCAGGCAGACAACCUAGGAGAGUUGCAGUUUACAAGUAUUCAAAGGAUUGCAAAUGAGCCAAAGCUGGAAUUCAGCAUAGCAUGCAAGGAUCUAGUGUCUACUACCCGUGACAGGAAGCUGAAUACAUUUGUACAGAUCUCAGUGGUACAUCCAGCAGAACAGACUUUGACGAGAUAUUCAAAUACUGAAAUCGUGGAGGGAACAAGAGACCCACUGUUUUUGACUGGUGUGACGUUCCCACCGGAAUACCCUGUCUAUGAGGAGACUAAAAUAAAACUAACGGUCUAUGAUGUCAAAGAUAAAUCUCAAGACACAGUCCGCACCAAUGUCCUGUCUGAAAACAAGGAGCCAAGAACAGAUGCUGGGCGAAGUUUCCUGGGCUGCACUACUUUCAAAGUAGGGGACUUGGUCAAAUCAAAGGAGCAGCAGUUGACCCUUAGCCUGAGGACUUCUGAUGGUGGAAAAACAGUGGGUACAAUAGAAGUCAGCUUUGUGAAGAUGGGAGAGAUAGAGGAUGGGGAAACGGACCACAUCACAACAGAUGUGCAGGGACAAAAGUGUGCAUUGGUUCGUGAAUGUGCAGCCCCUGAAACUAUAAGUGGUAAAGACAACUUACCUUUGUUAAAUGCAGUGUUAAAAAACCCAGUCUGUAAAUUAUACAGAUUUCCCACUUCUGACAACAAGUGGAUGUGUAUUCGAGAACAAAUGGCUGAAACAACUCUUUCUUUCCAUGUUCCCAAGGAACUGAUCAACCUGCACAUAAAGGAGGAUAUGAGAAGGAAUCAAGAACUAAAAGAGUUGGGGGAACUUGCUCCUCAUUGGGACAAUAUGCGUAAAAGUGUAAUUGCGCACUGUGAUCAGAUGUUGAACAUGUACCAAGACACUCUUGCAGAACUUGGGAAGCACACAGGAUCUUCCUUCAAAUCAAGCUGUAGUAAAGGAGAAAAGACACUAGAAUUUGUUCCAAUAAAUCUCCAUCUGCAGAGAAUGCACGUGCACAGUCCUCGGUUGAAAGAUUCUCUGUAUGAUGUCAUCACAGUGGGAGCCCCUGCAGCACAUUAUCAGGGAUUUAAGAAUGGUGGCCUUCGGAAACUGCUGAAUAAAUUUGAGGCAGAAAGGCGAAACACUGGGUACCAGUGUAUUUAUUACUCGCCUGAAAACACAGCCAAGGCAAAAGAAGUUCUCAGCAACAUCAAUCAUCUACAACCUCUCAUAUCAAGCCAUGCAGACCUGCUGCUUAAUUCUGCAAGCCAGCAUUCUCCAGACAGCUUGAAGAAUUCUUUAAAGAUGCUUUCUGAAAAAACAGAGUUAUUUGUGCAUGCAUUCAAAGAUCAGCUGAUCAGAAGUGCCCUUUUAGCACUGUACACAGCCCGUCCAGGUUGUGUCCUAAAGAAACCAACUGUGCCCAGGAACAGCGUGGAAGAGGGUGGUGAUUCACAGCAUCAGGACCAUCCAUCUCAGAUCAAAAGGCAGGACUCUAUACCUCACCACUCAGAAUAUGAUGAAGAAGAGUGGGACAGGGUGUGGGCCAAUGUGGGGAAGAGUUUAAACUGUGUUAUUGCCAUGGUGGACAGACUGCUUGAAAAAGACAACAGCGGCAAUGUGAAAGAAGGUGAAAUUGCUCCUUCCCCAGCAGAUCGCAUGGUAUCUCAUACAGGUGGUGACUGGUAUGAGCAGCUUUAUCCUCUUGUGAUUACUCUGAAGGACUGCAUGGGAGAGGUGGUAACAAGGGCAAAGCAAUCAAUGACUUUUGUUCUGCUUCAGGAACUUGCAUGUGGUUUGCCACAGUGUUUAAUGCUGACCCUAAGAAGAGAUAUCGUCUUUAGUCAAGCACUUGCAGGAUUGGUCUGUGGGUUUAUAAUCAAAUUGCACACAAGCUUACAUGACCAAGGCUUCCUACAACAGCUUCAUACUGUUGGUUUGCUUGUGCAAUAUGAAGGACUUCUCAGUACAUACAGUGAAGAAAUUGGAAUGCUGGAAGACAUGGUUGUGGGCAUUUCAGAUUUACAAAAUGUAAUGUUUAAAAUCAUAGAAGCCAAAUCAGAUGAUUUCUUGCCUAUUAUAACUGGAAGGCGAGAACAUUAUGUAAUAGAAGUCCAGCUUCCAGCAAAGAUGUUUGAGUUGCUGCCACAAGAGAUUAAAGAAGGAAAGCUGCUCCAUGUGUACCCAGUGCUCUUUAAUAUUGGAAUCAAUGAACAGCAAACGCUUGCAGAGAGGUUUGGAGAUACCACUUUGCAAGAGAAUGUUAACCAGGAACAUUUUGAACUUCUUAAGGAAUAUUACAAAUUGUUUACUGAAAAAAUGCCUCCUGAUUGCUUACCACAUUUUCAAGAACAAAAAGACUUAAAAGGAUUACUAGAAAAUCUCCAUCAAAAUAUCCAGUCCAAAAAAAGAAAGAAUGUAGAAAUCAUGUGGCUGGCUGCAAUGAUUUGCCGCAAACUAAAUGGCAUCCGUUUCACCUGUUGUAAAAGUGCCAAAGACAGGACAUCUAUGUCAGUGACGCUAGAGCAGUGCUCAAUCUUGAGAGAUGAACAUCAGCUGCACAAAGACUUCUUUAUCCGGGCACUGGACUGUAUGAGAAGAGAAGGAUGCCGCAUAGAGAAUGUACUGAAGAAUAUCAAAUGCAGAAAAUAUGCAUUCAACAUGAUACAGCUGAUGGCUUUCCCAAAGUACUACAGACCACCAGAAGGGACAUAUGGAAAAGCUGACACCUAAGUUUACAAAAAUGUUUAUUGAACUGAUGGCUUCCUAGGAACAAUAUAGUCUAUGCUGUGAAUCUGUCACAUUAACACUCCUCAUCUUUUUUGACAUGUUUACUAUAAAAAGGUGACUGGAUGUGCUCACUAAGUGUGUAAAACUGCAUUUCUCAAGCAUCUCUGGAAAAAAAAAUCCCAUGGAAUUAAGAAAAGAAUGAGAGAUUUUCUACACUGUUUUCAAAUCAAUCUGCCAAAUUCUGUGGCAAGGUAAAAGUAUUACAGGUUUUAGAGUGGUUUAUCUAAAGCCCCAUUCAUUUUACCUAAAUUAAAGUCCACAGAAUUUUUCCCUCUCAGAAGAAAUAAUUCAGGGCCUUUCCUUUUGUGAUCUUUCCUCAACAUUUGGGACCUAAAUUAUCCUUACGAAAUAAUCAUAUUCUGUUUGGCUACUUUAAGCAGAAGAGCUAUAUGAGUCAUACUUGUACAGGCAGAAUUUUGAAGUACACACAUUUUUCUAGCCUUUCUCAUCUUAAAUAUGCCAACAGCGCAUUCUUUUGAAACUUAUGUUGCCAAUCAAUUCUCAAUAUUCCAAGACAAUAUUAAAAGAUGUUUCAGUGAAACACAACUUUGUGCACAUGAUGGUAUCUAGGCUAUCCGGGAGAGAAUAAAUAUUACUUUGUAAUAUGACAAGGUUGAAGCUUUGCAUGCCAGGUUUUUGACUGAAACACAUUUACAGAUUAACGAUAAGCCCCCUGUAAGAAAUGCUAAUGCAGUUUUCAAGCUUAACAUGAGCACUGCUGCUUCAGUGCAUUCAUGUGAAAUAUUUGCACUGCCAUGGAUUCCAAGGGGUUUUGUGGCCUCUAAUGGUUUUGCCAGAUAAAGAUUUGUCCCCAAAUUUGAGUGGCCAAGUAGUCAUAAAUUCCAAAUUUAAGUAUUUUUUUCUUUUUUUAACACAAGUAAUCCUAUGCAGCUACCUGGUGGUUGUAGCUCCAAGAAUUGCAUGCCUCCCUGUCCCAAUAGAGGACAUGCAAAAGCCCCCAAGAUCACUUGUAAAUUUAGCAUAGGUUUAGUAGUCCCAAAAGCCUUGUGCAAAUGCUUUGCAAUGGAGUAAUCCAGGCCAAGUGGAUUUCCAUGGGUGAACUAUGUCUAUGAUAUUUGCCAAUGUAUUAUUGAAGAAAACAUGGCAGGUCUUAAUGGGAGACUCACAGACCAUGCUCUGAUUUUGCACUGUAUUAACUUUUGUAAGGUCUGAAAAGUUCUGUCUUGAGAGCUGAACAAUCUUUCAAGGGGUAGAAAACAACCGUAUUGGAAUAAAUAUAUGGCAUUUACAGCCCAAACCAGCUUGCUUUCUUCAGGCCAACACUUUACUUAAAUCACUGUUGCUACUUGUUUGAGUAAAGUCAGCAGGAUAUCACUUGCUGAAGUCUGAACAAAGGUGCUUCCCACUUUGAUGUUUGUUUAGUGUAUUGUUCCGUAACUGUAUAUAUUUUAUACUAUAGCUAAGUGUUAACAUAGCAAACCAGUUUAGCUUUUCCUUUUUUCUUACAAUUUAUAGAAAACCACAUUGUAAUAUUUUUGCAGUGAUAACUGUAAAAUUGUUAUACUGUGUAAUAAAUGAAGAAAUGACAUUGUCAUACAGGCAGGUUUUUUCUUCCACAGUCUUCUUUUGAGGAGUUUAGCACAAAAAUAUAUUAAUUUUAAUGUCUAUAGUUUAGUUUUUAUUAAAUGAUGAGAAAAUAGAGAACAUUUCUAAUUCCAUUAUGUCUGUGUAAAGCAGCUCAGAUUGAAACAGUAGCAAGGCACGUACUGCAGAAAAAUCAGCAAUAUACAAAGCCUGCCGAAGCCAAGAUAAUGUUAAGCGAUUCAAGGUCUUUUUGCUAUGAAUGUUAAUGUCCAGCUUAUUGGCCUCUAGUGCAAGUACAAAAAUGAAAAUUAAGAACAAACAUAUUUUUGUGCUAAACUUUUAAAUAAAUAUCAAUCAAUCUAAACGCAUGGUGUUAUCUUAAGCUUGGCAAUAUUCUAACUCAUCACUGAUGUUUUAAGUGCAAAGAACUGCAGCAUAUAAUUUAUUUAGAUCAAUACACAAUACGCAUCUUAUUGUCCUCAGGAAAUAAAUUUAAUUUUUAUUUUCAGUUCUAACAGAUUCUCUGGCAAAGUCUGUAGGUAGCUAGUGUUACAAAGUGGUUAAUAUAUUGAGCAUCUACUGGUGUAAUUAUUAAAGAAUCACAUUUAAAAAAAUUAUACAGGACAGAGUGGUGUGAUUCAUAAAUGUAGCCAGUUGAAAAUUUUUAAAAUAUUUAAUUUCAGUUGGCCGCUUAAACACUUGAAGCCAUUGGAUUCUAUAUUUAUGUUUUAUUGCCAUAAAGAGGGUGAUAUCUUGGCAUGCCAUUGGACACAAUUUGCAUCUCAACUUUUGGUUUUUUGCAGUUUAAAAAGAAACUGUGCAUCCAAAGAGAUGUUUACAAUGAAGCAAAAAGUGCUUCAAAUAAUUAACUCUGCCUUAAAAGGGAAAAACAUACUUGAAAGAUUAAAUAUUUAAAAAUAAUUCAUACAAUUGUUUCCAUAGUUAGAAAAAAAUAUAUUUUCCCAGUAGCUUGGUGCAUUGAUGAGUAUUUUGUUUCCUUAAUCAUACAAUACAUCAGCCGUAUUUUGCUUUCUCUUACUAGAAGAUUCAACUUAUUGUUUUAUAGCUUCUUAAAGUUUAAAAUACUUUCCUUUUUUUUGAAAUGCUAUCUCCUGAAAAAGUAGCAUAGAAAAUAAAGCAAGCUAAAAAGAGGCUACCAGUAUAUAACCAAAAAUUAAAACAUGAAAAGUUCUAUUUGGUCAUACGAGCUUUGGAAUCAAUACUGUAAAAAUAAAAAAGCUUGUGAAAAGACAGUUAUCCAAAUUCCAAUGAUGACACAGGGAAGAGAAACCAUCAGAAGUUUGCAUAUCUGAAGAAUUGGAUAAUGGAUGCAAAAUAAUAUGGUGCUCUGGGUAUGGGUGGGUUGUUUUGCUUGGUUGGAAUUUUUUUGGAUGCUGCUGUUCUGAUGACCUUCUAGUAGCUUAACUAUUAGCGCCUGGACAGUAGUGUUUGUAUGUCUUCCAUUUGGUAUGCAUAUAUUUCUACUAUAUAUACUUUUAAAUUAUGGAUUUUUCAUUUUUUUAUGAAUAGUCUGUCUUUCAGAUUUUAGUGAAAGAAUUAUAUAAUCACGGGUUACUUCUGGUACUUGGUCUCCUUUUGUGUACCUAUUCUAAUGUAAUUGCGAAGAUCAAAUUGCAUAUUCUCGCUAGUCAAUGGGACAGCUUUUAUGAGGCAAAGUAACAGGAUUUAUCCCAUGCUUUGUGUUUAUGAAGAGAAACUGAUGCACAGCUAGAUAGCCUCAGCUCCUAUCUUUGUACUUCAGGAAUUAUCAUUUUGUUUUGUUGCUGUGUGUAAGCCAUAUCCAUUGUACACUGUGUGUAUAUUUUUAUUUAAAUAAAUGUGACUUUUAUUUUUUAUGUUUCAGA